AUGAGUUGGGCGCGGGCCGCGGCCGAGGCGGAGGCGGUAGUGGUGGUGGCGGUGGCGGUGGUUAGAAUCCAGAUUACAUUACAUAUUGCCCAACCCCUAUUGCUGUCGUCUAAACAUCUUCAAACCUUCCAGCCCACUACAAUUACUGGAACAUUGUGUUUUGCCCCAAAUCUUGGCGGGUACCGCAGGUUCUUGAACACUUGUCGACUUGAAUUUUAA